CAAAGAGCAACAGAGGAGAAGACUGCAUCACUCGAAGUCACUUUUUGAGUGUGAGGAAUCGGUCGAUGAUUUGUUUUUUGGGUCAGGUCGACGUCCAAAACCACUCUCUGUUAUCUAGUAACGCCCAUUCUCCUGACACGCCUCAGUGUCUUGGCUUCCAGCCACUCCAUGUAAGCGUGGGAAGUGGCAGCGACUGUUACUUAGAGCGAACCGUCUGUCAAACCGAGCCGCUCCAACGCGUCUCAGACCAGAAGCGCACCGUCAGUCCACACGACUCCCCCGACUGCCGUGCUGCAUUCCGCGGUGACAAUCAGAGAACGACAGGCAAAAUGUAAAGACCAAGAAGGUGCACACCGCUCUGUGAAAGUAGGUGUCGAAGUGAGAAUCGGACCGGACACAAAAACGAUGCGUAAAGUUUCUGUUGCGCAGCAUCAGCUGAGCAGCUAAAGAACGGCGAAUGUUCAAGAGUGAAGGGCGAACAUCUCCCCCGGAUGUGCUGGACUCUGCAGUGAGUUGUGAAACAACAGAGCCGUCAAGAGACAAUUGAUUUGUGCAGAGUGGCAGAACGCAGCAGAUGCUCGACACUGACUAAGCUCUUGAUUGAAAUUUGUCUGUGCGCAAGAAGUAGGACAACUACUGCGCAACAGUUCUUCUUCUUGUCGUGCGUAAAGACUCUUUUGUUCCGCGUUGAUAAUAUGUUACAGUUCACCAUCAGCGUUUUAGAUCUACUGAAAGUUGCGGGCAGCUGAUGCCACUGACCGGCGGCGGUCAGCGGAAAGUUCUGUUUUUUGACACUGCGUCUACUUUUCAUUAACAUGGACGAGAGUUUAGAGACUGUUGCUGUGGUAGACAGCUGCGCAGACAAGGACAGCAUCAGCCUCAGCGUCCUGAACUGGGAGCAAGUGCAGCGCCUGGACACCAUCCUCACCAGCUCCAUCCCCAUCCACGGCCGCUGGAGCUUCCCCACCCUGGAGGUGAAGCCGCGGGACAUCGUCAAAGUUGUCCGCAGCCGCAUGGAAGAGAAGCGGAUACAUGUCCGGGAGGUGCGCCUGAACGGCUCGGCGGCCAGCUACGUCCUGCACGAGGACAGCGGCCUCGGCUGGAAAGACCUGGACCUAAUAUUCUGCGCCGAUCUCAAAGGAGAGAUGGAGUUUCAGACUGUCAAAGAUAUAGUUCUGGACUCUCUUCUGGACUUCUUACCUGAAGGAGUUAAUAAAGAGAAGAUAACGCCAGUGACUUUAAAGGAGGCCUACGUGCAGAAGAUGGUCAAGGUUUGUAAUGAUUCCGAUCGCUGGAGUCUCAUCUCUCUCUCCAACAACCAUGGUAAAAAUGUCGAGCUCAAGUUUGUGGACUCGCUUCGACGGCAGUUUGAGUUCAGUGUGGACUCCUUCCAGAUCCGUCUAGACUCACUUCUCCUUUUCUACGAAUGCUCAGAGCAUCCGAUGGCCGCCACUUUUCAUCCCACAAUCCUCGGGGAGAGCGUCUACGGCGACUUUCCCACUGCUCUUGACCACCUGCGUAGGCGUCUCAUUUGCACACGGAGUCCCGAGGAAAUCCGAGGAGGGGGCCUGCUGAAGUAUUGCCACCUGCUGGUGAGGGGUUUCCGUGCGGCCUCCGAUGCUGAGAUGAAACUGCUGCAGCGCUACAUGUGCUCCCGAUUCUUUAUAGACUUCUCUGAUGUGAGUGAGCAGCGGAGGAAGCUGGAGUCCUAUCUGCAGAACCACUUUGUGGACCUGGAGGACAGGAAGUAUGACUAUCUGGCCACGUUGUACAAUGUGGUGCAGGAGAGCACAGUGUGCCUGAUGGGCCACGAAAGACGGCAGACACUCAAUCUCAUCUCAUCGCUGGCAUUGAGGGUCCUGGCAGAGCAGAACGCCAUUCCCAACGCUGCCAACGUCACCUGUUUCUACCAGCCAGCCCCUUACGUAUCAGACUGUAACUUCAGUAACUAUUACGUUGCUCAGAUUCAGCCUGUCUACCAUUGUCCUCCGUCGCCUCCUCAUCAGUAUCUCACUCCUGUGCAACACCCCAUGUACGGCACCUGGCUGCCCUGUAACUAGACCAUGUGAACAUCGAAGCACGCGUGCGCUCAGGUCAGAAUUUGCGGAACUCAAUUAGAUCAAUUCUGGUUUUCUUUCUCUACUGUGAGGUUGUGGGCAUUUAAAUGAAAUUACAAAGUACACCCUGAGGGCAAGAUUAAAUAGUAAGACAUUUAAAUACUGAUAAAAGAGGAGAAUAAAUGAGAGAAGGGAAAUGAGAAGACAUCCCGAAAUUGAGGCAGUGAACCAUGAAUAGUCUGCACAGCAUGCAGGAGCCAGGCACACUCUGGUCGAUGUCAAUAAGUGAGACUUAACAUCAGUUUCAUGGUUGGUUGGUGACAACCAGCGGUGGUACCUCCACCACGCACGGCCUCUGAGUCAUCAAACCUCCAGGAAUUGUCCUUCUGCAUUUUGAGCUUUAGCACACAGAAGGUGAAAACACACAUGAAUCCUAGACAUGAUACAAAGCUAAACUACAUUAAGGCUCAGAGCCAGCUGCACAAAACAAUGAAAACCAAGUGUGCUCUGUGGUUUGUGAAUGGCUGCGGUGGUAGAAAAGGGAGGAGGGCCUACAGAAAGAGGAAGUAGACAUUGUUUACAAAUCCAAAGAUCUACUUUUACUCUCCACUUCGGCAAUUGACACUCACAAAAUAAAAACAACACAACAAUGCAUGCUCUUAUUUCUGCACAGUAAUAAGUGUCUUAAGUGCCUACAUAAAAGCCUAAAGGGAAGAGACUUUUGGGAACAUGUUGAAUUGAGUUGGAUUAUUGAGCUGUCUCAAUGACAACUCACAACAACACCUGACAAUUGAUAACAAAUGCAGUGGGAAUUUACUAAUGCUGAGUAAGGUCUCCGACACAGAGGAGCACAGUUUGUCAAGAUUUACUUGAAGUCUGCUUUAAUCUGCACCUCUGAUGGACGACUGCACCUCUUUAUUGAGGAGGAAGCAACAACGUAAUCUGGUCAUCUGUAGAAAACAGAGUGGGUUCAACUCAAGAUAGUGAAAUAAAUGUACAGCAGCAGAACAAGGUUUGGUACGGACAACAACACGUUUGUGCAGUUUCAUAGCCAAGUCUGAUACUACUAUCUGGGCUUGUGUUAGAUUUCAGCCUGUUGAUGAGUACACAGCCACAUAACCAAAACAGUCCUAUAACAGGGAGAGUGAAGAAUCUGUUUUAAUGAUCUAAAAACAAAAGCUUAAAAAUAAAGCAUUAAAUAAAUGUAAUUUCCUUGGUCAUUUGAAAUAGCAUGUACAUCAUCUGCAGUGACGCUGUCCUCUACUUUAUUUUUCUUCAUUUUUUUCCUAUGCAAAUUUGUUGAGGUGUUUGUGGAUGCAGUAAUGUAGGUUGAAAAGUAAAGAGAAAAGGAAAACUGCUAGGAUUAGUUAAGUUGAAUUAAAUCUAUAAAUACAAAUUUUAUUCGUGUUUUAAAAUGCAAUUUUCAGAUUAAGAAUAUAGUUUGGCUUUCAAAGUUUUGUGUUAUGUUUAGAAAUAGGAAGAAGUUCUUUAAUAAACAUUGUUAGAUGGCUACGGUGAGUACAAGAUGCUCAUGUUCACCAUAUCUGGGUAACCCAACAAUAAAACAUAAAAAAAUUAAAAAUAAAAAACCCAAUAAAAUACAUGUCCUAUAUGCAAUCAUAGCUUAAGUCAGAAUUUUCUGGCCUUUUUUUUAAAUUUGUGAAAUUUAUUUUUUCCAACUUUCAUUAAUUAAUUCAUUUAAUAUAAAAAUAAUUCUUGCACCACCAGAGUUUACUUUUUUCAGUUGUAUUUAUAGCACACCCUGUGGGGAAGGAAAGAGACAUGAAUACUUUUUUUUGUUUACUAAUACAGAGAGCCAAAAUCACUUCUUAUGUCUAAAAAUAUAUGAUACACAGACUAAAAGGGUUUAUGAUUUUGACAACAUCAGCAAAACUUGUUCUGGUUUCAAUGAGAGGCCCUGAGAGUUUUCUUCUCGACUUCUACCAUAAGUCAUGGGAGCGCAGUAUUGCCCUGCAAAUUACAACACCGUUUUUUUUGUACUUUACUCCUUUAGAAAAUUGUCUUACAUAUUCAUACGUAUUAUCUUUGCUCCAUAGUGUGCCACCAGAUGUGAGAUGAAUUCUGCAAAUUCUGCAAAGACAAUAACUCACUCGUGCAAGGCUGCCCUCUGGUGCACUUGAGAAAUGAUAAAACUAUGAGUCUGCCAGUGAAUCCAUAACACUGGUUAUGGUUGAAAGAAAAAAUAAAAAUACUGUAACUUCAGGUUUCCAAUAACAAUGUAAUGGCAGUAGUAUUUGGUUGGCUGUGUUGCUGUGUCUUCUAACAGUUCCUGUCCAAUGUAUGUCGGAGAACAUGUGGUAGCCUUCAGCCAUCACCGAAACAGAAAAUGUAUUUCAUUGGUAUCCUGUAGGCUUAUGUUAAAACAUACUGACAUGUCAAUCCAUAUGCAGUGUAUAAACACAAACAUAUACAUAUACAUGUGUACAUAUGCAUAUGUACACAUGUACAUAUCUAACCCUAACCCUAUAUACACAUGUAUAUGUGUAAUUAUUUGACCUAAAUUACACACGUUUACUUUUCAAACUUUAAACUCAAAGACGGUUCAUACGUGAUUUGCAUCUUGUUAGAUUUCUCAUCUUUUUAAAACAGAAGGUUCAAGAUAUGCAACUCUGGUAUAAGUGUCAGCAAAUAUCUGCAAGACUCACAGUAAAGUACUGUACUGUUGCUGUGUUUGUCAGAAGGGUGGAGGGUGGAUGUUGCAUGUGUGUGUGUGCAGGGCUGUUGCAGCAGUGUGUUAGUAUUAAACUUCAUUUGUCACCAGGAAGGCAGGUACUCACUGCCCUACGCCUGACUUAAGGCCAGGAGGAUGAAGUUAGCGCCAGUAAAUGUUGGUACCUGUUCAGUAUUUAAUCCUGACAUUUUUUUCUUUGAAAGAACCUUGCUGCAGAAGUCAGUUGCAGCAUUUUUUUUCUCAUUAUGAGGUGAAAAGGAGAAAAUGGCUUUCAGACAAAGGCGAUCAUGUAGAUAUUUUAACGGCAGUACAACAACUCUGGUUGUUCCUGAGCUGUUCUCAAGUGCAAGAGACUGUAUAUUCUCACUACCACGUUGUCAGAGCAAACCUAUUUUUCUAUCAAUCUCUAUUUUUGUACAGUUUGUAUAACAGAGGUGUGUUUGUGUACGGGUGGUGUGUGUGGUUCUUUUUUUAUUUUUAUUUUUGGCGGAUGAGAGGCAGCGCGGCUGUGCACACUCUGAGAUGCAGAAUUGUAUUAUGUUUCAAUGAAUGUAUGAGAAACAUCAGAACUGUUUCCAAAGGAUUUCUGUUGCUCCUAUGAGAUUGUGUGUCACUGUUUAAUGUGUCCUGUUUGGGCUUGAAAAUGAUAAUCUGAUUAUUGUAUUGCAAUUUGUUUUGACUUGAUAAAUAAAUAAAAAAUCCCAACAAAGUUCAA